GCAGAGCACACUGGCAUGCGAACGUAUUACUUCAGUGCCGACACCCAGGAGGACAUGACCACCUGGCUGAAAGCCAUGAACCAGGCUGCACGGAUGCAGAACCAUGCCAACGCACUCAUCAGACCUGCUGACAAGGUAGAGAGGUUGCUGCAACAGGCUGUUCCACAGACAAACCACGUCAACCACCACAGGCUCAAGACUUCAGACUCUGAGGCCUCAAAACCAAUUAUCCACGAGGUUCUCCUGGAACCCAUACACCGAGACCCGGAGGAGCUGUGCAGUUUUCACAAAGACUCUCCUGGCACCGUCAUGUUGGAGCAGCCCAUAGGAAGCACACUUCUGGAAAUGGACACACACACGUCCCUUCCAUCCAACCCCCCAGUCACCGCUGCCCUCCCACAGUCAAACAACGUGUCGGCCUCAGCUCCUGUGUCCAGGGUACCGUCCCGCGCUCCAUCACGGGCCACCUCCACCUUGCCCUCCAGUGUUUGCACCAGGAAUGGCCUCGUCUCCACGCCCAGCCCCAUCCUGGAGCCAAAUGGCAUCGCAGCAGGGACGUACCAAAGAGCGCCAGACCCACCCGUGUUGGACACACACAAACAUGUGCAGAGGAGGAAUACUCUGGAGCAGGUGGAGCAGUGGGUCAAGGUUCAGAAGUCUGAGCACAGAGGCCCCCCAUCCAGAGAGAGCACCCUUCCUCGUCGCACACCACCAAACCAGCACAAAUACACCUCCAUGGACACCUACCAGACCCUGCCAAAAAACCCACACCACAGCCCACUUCCCGGUAGAGUUGGUGAAUACAAGUACGCCCAGGACCGCCUAAACCACUUCCGUCUCACCCCGGAUCAGGGGGGCCUGGGGUCCAACACUGUGUGGCAACUGUACGAAUGGCAGCAGCGCCAACAGUUUCGACACGGGAGCCCCACCGCACCAAUAUACACCCCGGCUCCGGAGUAUCCAUUUGGCCCCCGCCCCCCAUCCACUGUGCCCACCUCUUCCUCAGCUCCCAGGUCAGAAGGGUCUCCUCGCUGCGUGUCGGUGCCACCUUCAGCUGCAGACAUCCCUCCACCAGGACCUCCGCCCGGCGUCAGCAGAACCCUGUCACCUGCACGGAGGCCGCACACGCCUGCUGAACGGGUGACGGUGAGGCCUAAAGGAGACAUGUCAGCGUUGGACUUGCCCUUCAGCGUGUCCCCCCGGAGGUCCAAAUCUCAGAUGCUUAAGGCUGCUACAGUAGAAAGGCGCUCCAUGCCUCCGUCUGGUUACAUCACACACACAGUGAGUGCACCCAGCCUUCAUGGCAAAACGCCUGAGGAGCUCACUCUGCUCCUCAUACAGCUGCGCCGCAACCAGGCCAAGAUGGCCUCUGCACGCCAGCAAACGCUAACCCAACUCCAGCAGUUCCACAGUCCCCAAGAGUCCUACCUCAAAAACCGCCUCCUUGCUGCUCCCACUGCUAGCACAAGCCCCGUCCUCAGCUCGAACCCCUCUCCUGAGUCCCACCUCGGACACGUGGGCCUCUCAACUCCAAUUGGCCCUUUCAGCACCCAGGCUGAUGACACAUAUAUGCAGCUGAAGAAGGACUUAGAGUAUCUGGAUCUAAAGAUCAGAGCUCUAGAGCCGCUGAUCCUCGCAGUUCACAGUUUACUACUGCACUGCACUGCUGGGCCUCUCAGGCCUAUAAUGAACGUAGCUGGAAGUCAGACAUUGAAGGAAUCAGGGAAACCUGUGAAAGUUGCAGAAAGCGAUGUGGAUGUGAAGUUGAGUCGGUUAUGUGAGCAGGAUAAGAUUCUCAAAGACCUGGAGGCCAGAAUCAGCUCUUUGAAGGAUGACAAGGACAAGUUGGAGAGAAUACUGGAUGUGUCCCACCAGCAGAUGGAGCAGUAUCAGGAGCAGCCGUCCCACGCCCACAAGAUUGCCUACCAGCAGAGGCUGCUGCAGGAAGAUCUGGUGACAAUCAGGGCCCAGAUAUCUCGACUGUCCACGGAAAUGGCACAUUCCUGGGAGGAGUACAACAGGCUUGAAAAAUCUGUGGAGCAGCUGAGGAUGGCACUGCAGACACUGAUGAACAACAACGACACGUCUCAGCAAGAAAAGGCUGAGAUGAAGCGAGAGCUGUGGAGGAUUGAGGACGUCAUGGGGGGACUCAGUGCCAGCAAAGCCAACUACAAGAUAACCAUCGACUCCAUCCAGAACCCAGACAGGAAAUUAGUGCCUUCGCUGUCAGACCCAGCAGUGCCUUCCCACAGCACAGAGGUCCAGCCCCCUCCUCGCAGCUCCGUCUCCAGCAUCCUCUCCCACACGUUGCCCCCCAGCGCCGUGCCAAAGUGGGCAGAGGACAGUGCCCCACCCAGACCACCACUGCCUCGCCUCUAUGACUAUGAGGAGACGCCCCCGGUGGUGCCGCCCCUUCCCAAAGAGGCCUCGGUCAUCCGCCACACGUCAGUGCGAGGGCUCAAACGCCAAUCAGACGAAAGGAGGAGGGACAGGGACGGUGGGCAGUAUGUUGCCAAUGGAGAUUGUAAGACUGAUUUGAGAUCAUACCUGAGUGAACCAGAACUGCCAGGAAGCAGCCACCAGAGUACUAGCUCUGACGCAGACUACCAGUAUUACCCCAGCAAAGGCACCACAUCUCAAAUGAAUCAGUCCAACUCCAUCUCCUCCUUCGUCACACUACGGAGGGGUCCUGGCAGCUCUGCAGUAAAGGAAAGACCAAAGAGUGCCUUUGAGCGUCUGUCCUCCCCCACUGAGGCCUCACAGCUGCCCAUCAGCCAGCCUCGAGGCCGGAUGACCGCAGAGGAGCAGCUGGAGCGGAUGAAGCGCCACCAGAGGGCACUUGUCCGCGAGCGCAAGCGGAACCUUAGCCAGGGCGACCGCACCAUCACGGGCCUCUCCACCUCCUCUGGCGCGACGCAGCGCUCCUCCUCUUCCUCCUCCAGGCUGCCCUCAAGCCCCUCUGACCCUCCGACCUCCGUGUUUGACUGGCAGGAGGAGCGACUCGGAGCAGAAGGUCAGAGUGACGAAGGACUGAGUUUAUUCAGCGAGAGGAGGAGGAUUCACUCAGAUGAGUGGGUGACAGUAACGGCCCGGCGGGUACAAGAGGUGGAUGUGGAACCUCUGGACUACGACCUGGAUAUCAGCCGAGAGCUGUCCAAACCAGACAAAGUUUUCAUCCCAGAGCGGUACGUAGAGUCGGAGCCAGAGGAGCCUCUGAGUCCCGAGGAGCUGAAGGAGCGCUCCCGUCGAGCUGAGCGCAUCAAGAACCUUCUAGCCAAGUCCAGUGUUCAGAACAUGCAGCCGUCAGCACCGCUGGACUUCAGCGAGCUGGACUCGGCCGUGCAGCAGCAGGAGAGGAUCAUGAGCGUGUCGCACGCGCUGGCCUCCGAGGCCUCACGCAAGAGCAAACUGGUGGCAGGGACUGAGAGGCCGGACAGUUGGUGUCUGCUACAGCCAAAGCAGCAGCAGAGCACUGACCCGCAGGAAGGACCUGCAGAAGGCAUCAGACUCGGAAGGAAGCUUCAUUUAGAAGGAUCGAAAUAUAUUUAAGCAAAUCCCCAAUUCACUCACAAAAUGAUUUUUUAUUGAAUUCAUAACAUGCUUUUACAAGUUGUUUGAUUUAUAGUUUUGACAUAGUAAUGGGUUUUCUUAUUUUUUUUUGCACUUACAUUGCACAAUAAAUAAUAAAUCUUAACAAAAGUAUGGUUUUUUUACUUUUCUUCUGCAAUUUACUUUUUCUCGUUGAAAGAAAAGCCAGAACUGACACACUCAGAUUGCAGUGAAAAUGUUUAGUGAUUAUUAUAGUUUUAUUUAUUAAACUGCUUUGAUUGAGAUGCUUCUGCUUUAUAUUUCUAUUAACACUGUCAAGACGACUGUCCAAAAACUAAUACACAUCAUUUUAAUAUAAGAUACUCUUAAUUCUAAAGAACUGAAACAACUGAAAAUAAUAAAAACGUAUAAUAUUUA